AUGGAGUAUCAAGAUGAGGAUCAGUUAUGUUUUACUAUGGAAGAGUUUUCUGUUGUUGCUACUGAAAAUGUUAGUAGCAGGCAAAGGAUGAGUAGGAAGAGGAACUAUGAUGAUGACACAAGAGUGUACAAAUCAAAGAACCUUGAGAUUGAAGGGAGGAGGAGGGAGAAACUCAGUGCAAGCCUUUUGAUGCUGCGAGGAACAAUUAUUGUAGAUGCUAUCACCUACAUUGAGAAGCUGCAAUAUGAAGUGCAGCGUCUCAGCCAAGAGCUUCACCAAUUGGAAGCAAAUUCAGAGAAAACAGCAUAG